AUGGUGUUACCACACGAACCAGAGUUUCAACAGGCUUACGAUGAGUUAGUCUCGGCUGUACAAGAUUCGACUUUGUUUACUGAACAACCCAAAUACAAAAAAGUUAUCCCCGUUGUUUCGGUUCCAGAAAGAAUUAUUCAGUUUAGAGUUACUUGGGAAAACGACAAUGGUGAGAUUCAAGUUAAUCACGGUUAUAGAGUUCAAUUUAAUUCUGCUUUAGGUCCUUAUAAAGGUGGAUUGAGAUUCCACCCAAGUGUCAAUUUAUCGAUAUUGAAGUUCCUUGGUUUUGAGCAAAUUUUCAAAAAUGCCUUGACUGGAUUGAGUAUGGGUGGUGGUAAAGGUGGUUCAGAUUUCAACCCCAAGGGUAAAUCUGACUCUGAAAUUAGAAGAUUUUGUGUUUCCUUUAUGAGACAGUUGGCCAGGUAUAUUGGCCCAGAUACCGAUGUUCCUGCUGGUGAUAUUGGUGUUGGUGGAAGAGAAGUUGGUUUCUUGUUUGGUGCUUACAAGCAAAUGCAAAACAACUGGGCCGGUGUCUUGACCGGUAAAGGUUUAUCCUGGGGUGGUUCCUUGAUCAGGCCUGAAGCUACUGGUUAUGGAUGUGUUUAUUAUACUGAAAAGAUGAUUGAAAAGGCCACCCAGGGCAAGGAAACAUUUAAAGGUAAGAGAGUUACCAUUAGUGGUUCCGGAAAUGUUGCACAAUUUGCUGCUUUGAAAGUUAUUGAAUUGGGCGGUAUUGUUGUUUCCUUGUCCGAUUCUAAAGGUUCAAUUAUUUCCAAGAAUGGAAUUACUCCUGAACAGGUUUCUGCUAUUGCUGCAGCCAAAUUGAAAUUCAAGUCCUUGGAAGAAAUCAUUAGCGAGGAAGUUAAAAUCUUUUCUGGCGAAAAUAGUGUAGAGUAUAUUGCUGGUGUUAGACCAUGGACCAAGGUUGGUCAAGUUGAUGUUGCUUUGCCAUCAGCAACACAAAAUGAAAUUAGCGGUGAUGAAGCUAGGGCUUUGGUAGAAGCUGGUUGUAAAUUCAUUUCUGAAGGUUCUAAUAUGGGUUCUACCAAGGAAGCUAUUGAAGUAUUUGAAUCCAAUCGGUCAAACGGUGUAUGGUAUGCACCAGGUAAAGCUGCCAAUUGUGGUGGUGUUGCUGUUUCUGGAUUAGAAAUGGCACAAAAUUCCCAAAGAGUCAAGUGGACUUUGGAUGAAGUUGAUGAAAAAUUAAAGGAUAUCAUGUAUACAUGUUUUGAGAAUUGUUAUGAGACAGCAAAGAAAUAUUCGACUGAAAAGGGAAAUGCUACAAGCUUGCCAUCUUUAUUGAAGGGUGCCAACAUUGCUGGAUUCAUUAAAGUUGCCGACGCCAUGUUUGACCAGGGUGAGGUUUUUUAA